CGGCCCCAUCCCCAUCCCGUACCGUACCGUGUAUAACGCAAACGCACUCCCCACCCAUCAUCCCCCCAUCCCCCCUUUCCUACUUCUCUACAAAAGAAGGAAACUUCAACAAGUAACCAACACACAAGGGGACGAGAUUGACACUUGUCACAUUUCCAUUUGUCCUUCAUUAUACACCCGACGACUCCUGAUAGUCAUAUCAUCCGAUAUUAUUAUUUUUUGGCAGUCUAUCUACCCUCAAUGCUCCCCCGUGCACUCGCACCCACAAGGACGAAUGCAAGCAGGCAUACACAAAAAAAUAAGUGGAAACGGGCAAGAUCAUUCUCGACGAGCACAGCUACCAAUACUGAUUUCACACACGCGGUAAUCGGCGGCGGCAUAAUCGGCCUCUCCAUCGCCCGCCACCUCGCCCUCACCCGCCCAAACACAACCACAAUCCUCCUCGAACGCCACCCCGCCCUCGGCACAGAAACAACCAGCCGAAACUCAGAAGUCAUCCACGCAGGCCUCUACUACCCGCCCGCCUCGCUGAAAACCCAACUCUGCAUCCGCGGCAAACACCUCCUCUACAGCCUCUGCGCCAGCCCCUCGCACAACAUCCCCCACAAGCGCACGCCGAAGUGGAUCCUGGCGCAGGACGCGGAGCAGCGGGAGCGCCUGCAGCGCCUGCAUGAGCAUGCGGAGCGGCUGGGGGUCCCGACGCGGUUUUUGGGAACGGCGGAGAUGGCGAGGCGGGAGCCGGAUGUGAGGGCGCGGGCGGGCGUGUUGGAGAGUCCCAGCACGGGCAUUGUGGACAGCCAUGCGCUUAUGGCGCGUUUGCAUGGGGAGUUUGAGGAGGGCGGGGGCGAUGUUGCAUUGUUAACGGCUGUGAGCGGGGUGGAGAAGAUGGGGCCUGGUGGGGGGUAUAGGAUAUAUACGCGCCCGGCUGGGCCGGGGAGAGAAGCUGAGGUAGCGGGCUGGGUGGAGGGAGCGGACGGGGAAGAAGAGACUACGAUUACGGCCGAGACGGUCAUCAAUGCCGCCGGCCAUAACGCCUGCGCUAUCUCGAAUAUGCUCCUCCCGCCCGCCCGCCAUGUCCACCCUGCCUACGCGAAGGGGACGUAUUUCUCCUACGCCGCAUCGAGCCCCAAGCCGCGCACCCUGCUCUACCCGGCGCCCAAGUCGGGGCUGGGAGGGUUGGGUACGCAUCUUACGCUGGAUAUGACGGGCCAGGUACGGUUCGGUCCGGAUGUGGAGUGGGUUGAUGGCCCGGAGGAUCUGGUGCCGAACGUGGGUAGGCUCGAAGAGGCUGUGAGGGAAAUUCGUGAGUAUUUGCCCGGUGUACGGCCGGAGGCGAUUGGGUUGGAUUACUGCGGAGUGAGGCCGAAGUUGGCGGGGAAGGAAGGGGAGGAUAAGGGUGCGUUUAGGGAUUUUGUGAUUAGGGAGGAGGAAGGGUUUGAGGGGUUUGUGAAUCUGUUGGGGAUUGAGAGUCCUGGGCUGACGAGUGCGUUGGCGAUUGGGGAGAGGGUUGGGGAGUUGUUGUAUGGGUAGAUGGCGGUGGAUGAAAAUGGAUUAAAGGGGGUUGUCGAUAUAUUAUAGAUGGAGAGAUGCAUUUAGAUACCCCUAUUUGAAUUGCGUAUUGAAUUGCGUAUGGAAUAACUAACGCAGCAACUGAGAGGCAUUGUUGUGUAUGAAAAUUUUGGCAUUCUUCAUAUAGCUGUACCAAACCCGCAACGGACACCUUACCAUACCUAGAGGCGCGUAGUAGCAUCAGAGGAGGCGGAGUACAUUGUGCGAACCAGCUCCGCAACUACAAACACCCUUUACAUCAGACAUUCCAGCUCAGGACACAAAGAAGGGAAUCUUGCACCUACCGCUUUUCAAAUCAGGAUGUGCCGGGUCCCGCAACGCACGAAUUGUGAUAGCCUCUUCCUCACCAGGCUUGACGUUAUACUAUGUAGCCAAAACACAGUAAGCCUACAAUCCCCUCUCUCCUCGCAACAACGGCAUCCACAAAAUUAUGCCCCAGAUGGAAACAUUAAUGGAGAUAACAUGGGGAAAGAACAAAACAAAACAAAACAUACAUCAGCCAACCCAGUCCCCAAGCCCAAUUUCACAACCAACCCUUCCACCGCCUCCGCCACCAAAAGUGCAUCCUUGACUACAUCGCCCGUCCCUCUUAACCCAGGAAUAAACGGGACCGCCCUCGCAAUCUGCACCGCCUCACCUACCUUUCCAAUCCCUGUCUUCUCACCACCACCACCCCCUUCCCUCGCCCUCUCCGCCAUAAACCUAAUCACCUUCCCCAAGCUGAUACACGACGUAAUCCCAUGUGAAAUCCCGUACGCCGAGCCAAUCGCAUGGCCAAUGCCAUGGCUAAGACCUAAGGGGCCGGAGAACUGGAAGGGGAAGAGGGCCGCGUAGCCACCGAGGAAGAGGCGUUGGCGGACAUCUGCAUCUUGCGGAUUGGCGUGGCAUUGGGGCAGGAGGGUGAAGAGGUCCGUCAGCGAGGAGAGGGCUAGCCGUUUCGUUGGGACUUCGGGGGCGGAGGGGUUGUAGAGGAGUUCGAGGGCGUGAUCGAGGGCGCGGAUCUGUGGAAUGGGGUUAACAUCCUAUAAAUGUAAAUGUAGAGAAGGAAAGGGGGGGGGGGGGGGAACAUGCGGCGGAACUUAGCCAUAGCCGGGGGGGUGUAUGUAGCGCAAUAUCCCCGUCAUAUAU